UACUAUGUUCAAGAUGGCACUUUCCUAACCAUCAAAGAAUUUCAAAUCACAAAACUAUGCAAAUUUACUUAUUUCAAUCGAUAAUUGCAUACAAUAUGUCAUCAAAGGAAUUAAAAUGUUUAUUUAGUAGAACUGAAUUCUUAUAACUACCUGGACGAUAAAUUUAUAAAAAAAUUAAGUUACGAUAAUACUUUGUUGAAAAAUACUUGUUUUUAUAUUAAUAUUGUUUAGUAUUACUAAAAUUUUCCGUUGACAGUAUUUCGAAAGUGUUGCUCAAAGUUACGAAAUUUUUUAAUAAAACGGUUGACAGUCUAUGCAAUUUUUUAGUUAAAUGAGGCAAGAUGGCAGAUGAAGGUAUGCACAUGGUAGAGGUUGUUUCAAAUGACUUAAAAGUCAGGAAAAAGAAUAAAAUGGACUGUACAAUUCUUGAUUAUUUUACAAAACUCAGAGAUGACACUGAAUUUGACAGAAUAAAUGGCGGCAUCGAACUAUUAAAGUAUUUGCUUGGACGAAGUUCGGCAGAAAGUGAUAGUAAAGAGUUUAAAUAUGCAAUAAGAAGAUUAAUUCGAGGUUUAGGUGCAUCAAAAACCUCUUCAAGAAUAGGAUUUUAUACAACUUUGACAGUUUUUUUAAUAAUGUACCCUGAAAUGUCAAUAGAAGACAUACUGUCUAUAGUAGACAGUGAAUUACAACCAGUCAGCAGCAACAACAAAGGUGAAAAUGCAGAUAUUUAUAUGGGACGUAUACUAGUAUAUGGAGCAUUAAUUCGAUCUAAAAUACUUUUAAAAAGUACAAGUGAAAUUCAACAGCAAAUUAUACAAGAUCUCAUUAAGGGGGGCAAACAACGUAGUUACUUAUCAUUUCCUACUAUUUCAUUUUUUGUUGAAUUUGUAAAUCAAAUUAAUGCAAAGGCAACUAAAGAAUUAAUUUACCCAAUAGUUGAGGUAGAAUUUGGUAAACCAUGGUCAGAGCAAACUUUAGAUACAAUUUACGCUUUAUUAGUAAUAAGAAGCAAGUGUCCACUAAUUGUAAAUACAAAAUUUUGGAAGAAACGUUUUGGUACAGCUGAUAUUAUUACCAAAGAAUCUAUGACUGACGUAGUAAAAGUAUUACUGGAUUUGCCUAAAGUUAUAUUGUGUCACCAUCCAGUAUUUAAAUUAGUUUGUGAAAAUUUAAUAUCAAAUGAACUUAUCACUGAAUUUUGGAUGUACAUAGAUCAAAAGUUUACAAAGCCAUCAAAAAUUGAUGAAUAUUUGGCUGUAGAAAUUCUCAAAUUGAUAUUAUCGAGUACUAUAGAUAAAUCAGUACUUCCAUCAUUAUUAUCUUCAAACUAUAUGCAACAUAUGCUAAGGAAGUUUUAUGGCAAUAAAAGACACGACAAAGAUGAAGUACUUAUUGCAUUUAAGAAAAUUUUACAUUUAUUGGUAUCAGCUACAAGUAGUAAUGAUACUAAGCUAAAAACGCAAAUUGCUGUAUUAAAGAAAUUAAUAUUGUACCCAGGCGAUUUAAUGAUAGAAAAGAAAACAGGUAUAAAAGUAGUUCAAAUGAUUACAGGAAAUUUGAGUUUAGAAGGUAUUAAGAAAGUAUCAAAAAUAUACAGAGAUAUUAUUGAAAAUAUAAUAUCCAAAGAAAUGCUGGAUGCAGGAACAAAGACACUUUGGACAAAUACUGAAAGAACUUAUACUGCUCGUUUAUUAACAAGACUAAUGGGGUAUUCUGUAACACUUAUGGAUCAAGAGUGGAGAUUGGAACAAUUAAAAUUCUUAUUUACUCAAGGCUUGUGUGAAAUAUCAAAUGUUGGAGUAGAUCUAGCACCACAACUUAAAGAAGCAUUUUACCAUGCGUUGGAUCACAAAUUACCAACACUGAACAACUUACGAAAUAUAUUAAGUGACCUAGUUCAUUACUUAGAUACUCAUCUGAGCAAUAAAACUUUAAAGCUAAGAAAUCCGUUAUCGGAUGAAGCAAAAGUAGCUUGGGAGAAAGUGACAAAUUUAAUUGAAAAGUUAGAGAAUAAUUCGAAAAAGGCAGAGGCUGUACCAGUAUUUCAUACAAUGAAUUUACAUAUGGGAUUACAAUUAUUUUCAGACCCACCUAUGGCAAUCAUGGCUAUCAAUGAACUUCAAAGUUGUUAUGAAAGAUUGAAUAAAAGGUCUCAAAAAAGGAAAGUGGAGAUCAAUGAAAAACAAGAAAAUGAACCGGAAUGGGUGGAAGUAGUAGUUGAUUUACUACUAUCUUUUUAUUCUAAGAACGAUCAUUUAUUAAGAUCAUUGGUGGGAUGUGUUUUUCCACACAUUUGUCCAUACAUAACACCAGCGGCUAUACAUCAAAUUUUAGAGGUUUUGGAUGUAAGAAAUGAAAAGGGACCGCUUGUAAUGGAAGGUGAAGCUGGUGGAGGAAACUCAUCAGACACAGAAUCAAACGAUAGUAGUGAGGAUGAUAGUGAAACCGAAGAAGAAUCUUCCAAUGAUGAGACGCAAUGUUUAAUGGAUAAUAAUGAUUCCGAGUCUAAUGAAGAAUCAAUUAAUGAAGAUGAAGAUGACACAGUAACUGAUCGAUUACGAAUGGCAGUGCGUCAAGCAUUAGGUGAAGCUUCUGUUCAAACUGAUGAUGAAGACAUUGAUGUGGAUGAAAUCAACGAAGAAGAGGGAAAACGAUUAAACGAAUCAUUAUCAGCAGCAUUUAGAAUUCUUCGAGAGAAUCGUCAGUCACGAUCAAAGAAGCAAGAAAAAUCGGCACAAGCUUUGACGCACUUUAGGAUUCGGGUAAUGGAUUUAUUAGAAACGUAUCUAGAAUGUGGCCCGUCAAUGGCAAUUGUGCUUGACAUGAUACUUCCGUUAUUCGCAUUACUGGAGUACUGUAUAAAAGAUCCUCAUCAAAAACCUCUUCAAGACCGACUUCGGUCUUGUUUAAAAAAAUUGGCAGCUGUAAAGAGAUUUAAAGACACAAAAGAUGUAGAUGAAGAUUUAUUAAUAGUGAUAUUGAAGGUUUUAGUAGAGAAAGGAGAGAGAACAACGUCAGUUUAUCAGGAAAUGAGUGAUAAAUUGGCGGAAUGUUGUACAUUUCUUGUAAGAUGUGCACAGCAAGCUAAUAUAUCUACUACAUCUAUAGUGCAAAUUUAUAGUGAAAAUUUAACAGUUUUCUUCAAAAGAAGAGAUUGUGUAUUAUCACCUGUGUUAUUUAAAAGUAUAUUACAAUUACAGUGGGAGGGUAAUUGGCAACUAGCUCCAUUACUGGUAGAUUUUGCCUUCGACGUUACUAUAAGAUCUUUUCGAAGAAGACAUGCACUUGACUUCCUAACAGUUUUCUAUCAUAAUAGUCGUUUGGUCCAUUUAGAUACAAAACAUUCUGAUAUUAGAAUGAAAAUGGAAAAAAAAUUAUGUAAAAAUGUCAUAAGUACUCUUCAAGAAUUAUCUACUGUAAAUAAAACCGAAAAUAAACAGCCUACUCUGAAUAAUGGUAACGAAAUAGGGAAAGAAGUCAAACAAAGGUACAUUUAUCACCUUUUAGUAUUGUUGCGACAUAUUUAUACCCAACAUGUGCCAAAAGCAUGGAACUGGAAAGAUAUUGGAAAAGCACUAAUAAUGUACAGAACUCAUGUAUCACUUGCAAAAGACACAAAAACAGCGUGUAAUAGGCUAGCAUCUCAAAUUGGAAUUUCAUUCAACAUAUCCACGAAAAAGGAUACAUGCGAUCAAAAUCAUAAAGUAAAUGGAGAUACGAAAAACACGUCAAACAACAUUGUAGAUAACGAAAAUACUGUAGAAAAUGGAGACAAACAUAGUAAUUCGAAUACUUCUGGAGUAACGAACAACGAGGUAAAGAAAAAGAAAAAAAAUAAGAGUAAACAGAAAGAAAAACAACUAUUAAAGAAAGAAGCACGAUUGUUACGUGAGAAAACAUUAUCAGAAGGUUUUGAAUCGUUUAACUUCAGUGCUUUUGCUUCACACAAUGAACAAAGCGAAGUUGAACCAUUUCAAAAUGGAAAUUCACAAAACGAAGAGACUAGCCCAAAUUCUUCACAGAAAAGAAUACUUAAGCAAACACUAGACAAUAAUAAACCCAAAAGGAGAAAAGGUAUGCAAACUGCUUGAUACGUGUAAUGAAUGUAAUAAAAUUAAUACGAUCAUAAAUAAUUGUUAUUUUUGUAUAUGCAUUUAUAAAAAUAUGUAUCAAAAAGUUUGUACAGCUUGGAAAUAUAUAAACAAAUCUGUAACAUCAUA